UCAAAAUCUUUGCGUGUUUCACGGGUUUCACGCUGUUUCACGAACAGCAGUUGUAAACAAAUUAAGCAUUUUCUCCGGUUGUGGUUUGCCGUUCAGCGCGCAGAAAUAAUAUUGAAUUUCAUGAAUUAAUACGGAAAAAGCAGCCAAAAUGAGGAUAAGCGUGGAUGGUUUGCUGGUGUACUUCCCGUACGAGUACAUCUACCCGGAACAGUACGCCUACAUGCUGGAACUGAAGCGAACCUUCGAUGCCAAAGGUCACUGCCUGCUGGAGAUGCCCUCCGGGACAGGGAAGACCACCACUCUGCUGUCCCUGAUCGUGGCCUACAUCAUGGAGAAUCCGCACAUCGUCCGGAAGCUGAUCUACUGUUCGCGUACGGUUCCGGAGAUCGAGAAGGUCAUUGCCGAGUUGAAGCAUCUAAUGAACUACUACGAGAAGCAGACAGGCGUGAUGCCGAACAUUACCGGGCUGGUGUUGAGCUCGCGGAAAAACAUGUGCAUCCACUCGGAGGUCAGCAAGGAACGGGACGGGAAGAUCGUGGACGCCAAGUGCUACGGCAUGACGGCAAGUUACGUGCGGGAGAGGGCGACCACGGACGAUUCGGUGGCCGUUUGCCAGUAUUACGAGGGCUUCCAGGCGGAGGGGAAGGAGAGUACCUUGCCACCGGGAGUGUAUUCGAUUGACGAUUUGAAGGAUUUCGGGCGGGAGCGGAACUGGUGUCCGUACUUUCUGUCCAGAUUUGCGAUCAAUCAAGCUCACGUGGUCGUCUAUAGUUAUCACUAUUUGUUGGAUCCCAAAAUUGCCGAGGUUGUGUCGAAGGAGUUGGCCAAGGAAUCGGUCGUCGUUUGUGAUGAAGCUCACAAUAUUGACAAUGUUUGCGUUGAUUCGAUGAGCGUCAAGAUCAAUCGCCGGUUGAUCGAGAAAAGUACAACCGGAGUUCACACACUGGAGAAAUACGUUGCAGAAAUGAAGGAAGACGAUCGGAAACGACUCAACGAUGAGUACCUCCGCUUGGUACAAGGUUUGAAGGAUGCCUCAUUUGCCCGGGAAACGGAUAUGGUCCUGGCGAACCCUGUCUUGCCAACCGAGAUUCUCAAAGAGGUCGUUCCGGGCAACAUACGAAACGCAGAUCACUUCCUGAGCUUCCUUAAGCGUUUUAUCGAAUACAUCAAAUCGCGCUUGCGAGUGCAGCACGUGGUUCAGGAAAGCCCUGCCGGAUUUCUCAAGGACAUACAGCAGAAAGUCUGUAUCGAAAGAAAACCGCUGCGUUUCUGCGCCGAACGAUUAUCGUCGUUGCUUCGGACGUUGGAAAUUACGGAUCUGACCGAAUUCGGACCGCUGACGGUGAUCACCUCGUUUGCAACGCUCGUUUCGACCUAUACGAAAGGGUUCACGAUCAUCAUCGAACCGUUCGAUGACAAAACACCGACCGUUUCCAAUCCGAUAUUGCACCUUAGCUGUAUGGACUCCUCGAUAGCGAUGAAGCCGAUUUUCCAGCGCUUCCAGAGUGUGGUGAUUACGUCGGGAACGCUGUCGCCAAUGGAUAUGUACCCGAAAAUUCUAGACUUUGAACCAGUGGUGAUGAGUUCCUUCACGAUGACCCUGGCUAGGCCGUGUCUGCUACCGAUGAUUGUCUCGCGAGGAAACGAUCAGGUGGCCAUUUCGUCCAAGUUUGAAACCCGCGAGGACACUGCCGUCACUCGAAACUACGGCCAACUGCUGGUGGAAACGGCCAAAACCGUUCCGGAUGGAAUUGUGUGCUUCUUCACGUCCUAUCUGUAUCUGGAAUCGGUGGUGGCAUCGUGGUACGAUCAGGGCAUCAUCGAUACCCUGCUCAGGUACAAGUUGCUGUUCAUUGAAACUCAGGACAACGCCGAAACUUCCUACGCGCUGAUGAACUACGUCAAGGCGUGCGAGUGUGGCCGGGGUGCUGUGCUGCUGGCCGUCGCCCGAGGUCGCGUUUCGGAAGGUGUAGAUUUCGAUCACCAUCUGGGGCGGGCAGUGCUGAUGUUUGGCAUUCCCUACGUGUACACGCAGUCCAGAAUCCUGAAGGCCCGGUUGGACUAUCUGCGAGACCAGUUCCAGAUCCGGGAGAACGACUUUCUCACGUUCGACGCCUUGAGGCAUGCCGCGCAGUGUGUGGGUCGGGCCAUUCGAGGUAAAACCGAUUACGGUAUAAUGAUAUUCGCUGAUAAGCGCUUCGGUCGGCAAGACAAGCGUGGUAAACUUCCCAAAUGGAUUCAGGAGCAUCUCACUGACAAUCUUACCAAUCUUAGCACAGAGGAGGCGAUGCAGCUCGCCAAACGAUGGCUCCGUCAGAUGGCACAACCUUUCACUCGCGAAGACCAAUUAGGUGUGUCUUUGCUAACGCUCGAACAGUUGCAGAGCAUGGAGAAGGAGAAGUUGGAAAAGCAAGCCCAAGGCAAGAAAUAGUAGUGCUGUCUUCAUUGAAUAAAAAGUCUAUAUUUGAUUUUUUCAUAAACCUGUCGGUUUCAUUUAAUAUACAAGAUACCUACAGAUGAUAAUAAA